CCAUAUCAAUCAUCAUCAAUAUAUCAUCAUCAUCAUCAUCAUCAAAAGGACAACACAAAGUCUCAAAUCUUCUGCUGCUGCGAUCCCCUCCCCUUCAUGACCCAUCGCUUCAAGAAUCGACUCGCUCAACUCUUUGCUUUCUCUCUCCUCACUAACUUUCUCUCUCUAAAAAUUCUCCCAACCUUCCGCCAAAUCCUAACAAAAACCCUAGAUUUUCUCAGGAUGGAUUCACUCUUUUUCUCCGCAGAUGGCGGCGAUGACGACUCGAUGUUCGGAAGCAGCAGCACCGUCCGUUCAAUCCAGAGUCUGUCCGACCUCGACGAUGAGCGGCUUUAUCUCGUUGAUCACAGGUGGUGGAAUGAGACGCGGGAGUCAUUGUUUAGGGAAAUCGAUGGCGCUUUGUACGCCACAAGUUCUUGCUUUUCUGAUGAUUUUGAAUCGGAGAUUAUUCUGGACAUGAGAAGAAGUGAAAUCGAUAGUGAUGGUUGCAAGGGAGAAGAACAAGGGGUUUCGGGGCGUGAAUUAGCGUUGGUCUCGGAGUGGAUGUUCUAUCGAGCUCUUAAAUGGCAUUAUGAUAUGAAGAAUGUUGGGAACUUUGUAGCAGUAGAAGAUAGCAAGGCAGACUUAUUUCCUUUACAAAUCAGUCUUUCAAUUUCUGGAACAACAAAUUCAUUGGUUGUAAAGAUUAACCAAAAGGGCAAUGGGAUUGGAGCUUUUGAUAAAUCCUGCCAAAUAUUCAAUGUCAAUUCUGGCUUGGUGAAGAUUUGGGAUUUUUCAGGGCAAAUAACCAAGUUUUUUUUACAAGGCAGAAUUCUAUCUGAUAAAUCUGAACUAAUGAAUGCAGAGAUUUUCUUAGAGUUACAAGUUUAUGGUUUAUCUUAUGAUAUAAUGCAAAACGAAAACGAUAUGUCAGUUGAAGACACGAAUACUGAAGAUAUUUCUUCCAGUAGUUCAUUGAAGUUGAAUGGCCACUCUGAAAAAGUCAACUCAUAUCUCAGGGUUGACCAUCCAUUAAUUACUAGUAACUUAAGUCAAACUUAUAAUUUGGGUUUGACCGGAUUGUACAAUCUUGGAAACACGUGUUUUAUGAACAGUGCUAUCCAAUGCUUAGGCCAUACUUCACAUCUUGUUGAUUAUUUCCUUGGAGACUUCAGAAAAGAUCUCAACUUUGAAAACCCACUUGGCGUAAAUGGGAAGCUUGCUCUAGCAUUUGGAGACUUACUAAGACAGCUAUGGACACCAGGCGCUACUGCUGUGGCCCCAAGGGCAUUUAAGUCAAGACUCGCCGGUUUUGCCCCUCAAUUCAGUGGCUACAAUCAGCAUGAUUCCCAGGAAUUUCUUGCUUUUCUACUGGAUGGACUCCAUGAAGAUUUAAACCGCGUUAAAAUCAAGCCUUAUAAUGAGAUAAAGGACGUGGAUGGAAUUUCAGACAAAGAAGUAGCAGAUGAACACUGGAGGAAUCAUUUAGCUCGAAAUGAUUCCAUAAUAGUUGACAUGUGCCAGGGGCAGUAUCGGUCAACUUUAAUAUGUCCUCUUUGCAAGAAACAUUCAGUGACAUUUGAUCCAUUCAUAUAUCUAUCUCUACCCUUACCUUCAACAUCAAUGAGAACCAUGACAUUGACAGUUUUAAGCACUGAUGGAACAACUUUACCAAUUCCAGUUACUGUAAAUGUUCCUAAAUAUGGAAAGUUUAAAGAUCUUAUUCAAGCAUUAAGCAUCGCGUGUUCUUUAAGAGAUGAUGAGACUUUGCUUGUUGCUGAGAUAUACAACAACUGCAUUAUUCGUUUCUUGGAGUUGGAUACACGUAAUGACUCAUUAGAGCUGGUUAGGGAUCGUGAUUGUUUUGUUGCUUAUAGGUUACUUAAAGAGGAAGAUUCAUUGCCCUUGGUUGUCUUUACUCAUUGGCGCUAUGAAAUGUCAUAUCUUGAAGGGUUGCCAGUUUUGAGAAAGUUUGGGAUCCCAUUUGUAGCAAGGGUACCUGAAUCCACUAACGGUUCAGAUAUCCACAACAAAUUCCUUAAAUUACUCCAUCCACUUGUAAUGCCCGAGGAGUUUUCUUUAGAUUAUCCCGAAAAUACCCCUGAUCAACAAGACACUACUGAAAUGGAUGUUGAUGAAAAGCCAGUUGAUGAUAAUGAUAAUGAUGAUGAUUCAAAGAGUGAAGGGUUUCGAUUCUAUCUGCAACAGCAAGGGCAUUAUUCAGAGGGGCCCACAAUUAUAAUGGAUGAACAGUUAUUAAUCCCGGAAUCGCGUAUAAUUUCUGUUCGUGUCACGUGGCCUGAUGAAAUGUUGAAACGAUACGAUACUUCCAUUUUGAGUAAUUUACCGGAAACAGGCGGGAUUGCGUUAAUUACCAAAACGCCCCCGGAAUCGGUCUCGUUGUAUAAAUGUCUUGAAGCCUUCUUGAAGGAAGAGCCAUUAGGACCUGAAGACAUGUGGUACUGUCCGAAGUGCAAGGAGCAUAGACAAGCUAGCAAGAAGUUGGAUUUAUGGAGAUUGCCUGAAAUUGUGAUAAUUCAUCUAAAAAGAUUUUCGUACAAUCGGUUUUUGAAGGACAAAUUGGAGACUUUUGUUGACUUUCCAAUUGAUGAUUUUGAUGUGUCGAGUUAUACAGUGGAAAAAGAUAAAGAUAACCAAUCGUGUUUUCGUUACAAGUUGUAUGCAGUGAGCAAUCAUUAUGGUGGAAUGGGUGGUGGUCACUACACCGCUUUUGCAAAGUGUGGAGAGGAGUGGUAUGAGUUUAAUGACAGUCAGGUGUACCCGAUUAGUGAAGACCAAAUCAAGACAUCUGCAGCUUAUGUUCUUUUUUACAAGAGAGUUUAGGAAGUUAUUGUGGGCCCAAUCCCAGUGUAGAUUUCUGGCCAAUUAAUUACAUACAAAGAGAGAAAGAGAGAUAUAGAUUAAAUUUUAAAUUUUUUUUUUCAUUAAAAUGAGGAUGGUGGUGUGGUUGCUAGUACUUGUACAUGGUAUACUUUAGAUUAGACUUUUAAAAGUUUUUGGAGUUGGCCAC